ACGCAUCACUCCAUUGCAGGAGGCCCCGUUAAUAAACAGAUUAUUUAUUAAAGAAAAUGAAUUCAAACUUCUUAGCAUGAAUGAAAAUAAGUGAAUAUUUAGAUUAACAUGUUAAUUUUAAGAAACUGGCAUGAAGAUAGGUUUUUUCCUAUGUUAGCGUUUAGUGUGUGAGUGAUGCGUCGUUUCUCGCGUGGUUUGCUGCCUGCUCAUUUGUUGGGGGUAAAGAUGUCAGCCGGGAUUGUUCUGCGGCUGGGAACAGCAGAAACAAACGCGUUCAAGAACCUCUAGAAGCGUGGAAGGGGAAGAACAUGGCGGGAGUCAUCCGGCGGCUGGACGAGACGGUGGUGAACCGCAUCGCUGCGGGAGAAGUGAUCCAGCGUCCCGCAAACGCGGUGAAGGAAAUGAUUGAAAAUUGUUUGGAUGCAAAGGCCACAAACAUCCAGGUGACCGUGAAAGACGGCGGCUUGAAGCUGCUGCAGAUUCAGGACAACGGAACCGGAAUCCGGAAAGACGACAUGGAGAUCGUCUGUGAAAGAUUCACCACCAGCAAACUUCAGACCUUUGAGGACCUUUCAUCCAUUGCAACCUAUGGAUUCAGAGGAGAGGCUCUAGCUAGCAUCAGCCACGUGGCCCAUGUGACCAUCACCACCAAGACAGCUGAUGCCAAGUGUGCCUACAGAGCCAGCUACAGAGAUGGAAAACCCAGAGGCCCCCCCAAACCGUGUGCUGGGAACCAGGGGACCCAAAUCAUGGUGGAGGACCUCUUCUACAACGUGUCCACCAGGAGGAAAGCCCUGAAGAGCCCCGCUGACGAGUACUCCCGGAUCGUGGAGGUGGUCAGCAGGUACGCCAUCCACAACUCAGGAAAGAGUCUGACGGUGAAGAAGCAGGGGGAGACUGUGGCCGAUGUCAGGACGCUGCCCAACGCGUCUGUGGUCGACAACAUCCGCAGUGUUUUUGGAAACGCCGUCAGCAGGGAGCUGAUCCAAGUCGGCUGUGAAGAUCCCAAGCUGGCCUUUAAGAUGAGCGGCUACAUCUCCAACGCAAACUACUCCGUCAAGAAAUACGUCUUCAUCCUGUUCAUCAACCAUCGUCUGGUGGAGUCCAGCGCUCUGAAGAAAGCGGUGGAGACGGUUUACGCUGCAUACCUUCCUAAGAAGACGCACCCUUUCCUGUACCUCAGUCUGGAGAUCUCACCUCAGAACGUGGAUGUGAACGUUCAUCCCACAAAGCACGAGGUGCAUUUCCUGCACGAGGACAGCGUCAUCGAGAGCGUUCAGAAGCACAUCGACGGCAAACUUCUGGGCUUCAACUCGUCCCGGACCUUCUUCACUCAGACGCUGCUGCCGGGUCCGCUGAAGGCCUCCAGCUCCUCAGCAGAACCUUCUGAGCGGGUCUACGCUCACCAGAUGGUCAGAACCGACUGUCGCUCCCAGAAACUGGACGCCUUCCUUCGGCCAAAGGAGAAGCCCCCGCCUGACCCUGAAGCUGCCAGUGUGGGGCGGGUGGAGAGCAGCCCCCCCCGGCAGCACAUGGGGGAGAUGGCGGACUCACAAGAUGCAGAGGCGCGGCAGGAGGCGCGGCAGGAGGCGCGGCAGGAGGCGCGGCAGGAGACGCGGCAGGGCGGGGAGAAAGCUCAGGACGUUGUGAGAAAACGACAGAGGAAGGAGGAGGAGGAGGAGCUGACGGCUGCAGCCACGCCCAGGAGGAGGGUGGUGAAGUUAGUCAGUGUGAAGGAGCUGAGGGCAGAGAUUUCUGAGAAUACCCACAAAGGCCUGCAGGAGAUGCUGCAGAAGCACUCGUUCGUGGGCUGCAUCGACCCCCAGUGGACUCUGAUCCAGCACCACACCAAGCUGUACCUGCUGAACACCACCAAGCUCAGCCAGGAGCUCUUCUACCAGAUCCUCAUCUAUGACUUUGGGAACCUGGGCGUCCUCAGACUGUCUACGCCGGCUCCUCUGUACGACCUGGCCAUGCUGGCCCUGGACUCCGAGGAGAGCGGCUGGACUGAAGACGAUGGUCCAAAGGAAGGCCUGGCUCAGUACAUUGUGGACUUCCUGAAGAAGAAAGCCGAGAUGCUGGAGGACUACUUCUCCAUGGAGAUAGACCAGGAGGGAAACCUGACCGGGCUGCCGCUGCUCCUCGACAAAUACACCCCCAUUCUGGAGGGCCUCCCCAUCUUCAUCCUGCGGCUCGCCACGGAGGUGAACUGGGACAGCGAAAAGGACUGCUUCCGAGACUUCAGCAGGGAGUGCAGCAUGUUCUACUCCAUCAGGAAGCAGUUCGUCCUGGAGGCGGAGCCGGGGGCGGAGCAGGAGGCCGAGGGGAGUUCCUGGCGUUGGAAGGUUGAGCACGUCAUCUUCAAAGCCCUGCGGACGCUCUUCAGUCCUCCAAAGAGGUUCAGCGAGGACGGCGCCGUGCUGCAGAUCGCCAACCUGCCGGACCUUUUCAAAGUUUUCGAGCGGUGCUGAAGCUGGUGGACCCAAAUGGGGCUGGAAUUCUGACGUCACGUGUUUUUGCUAUAAAUAAAGUCAAACGUUUGUUAAAUGAGC